AUGCACGCGGCUGUGGUCACAAAUGUGGGGCUGGUUGUGGAUGCCGUUAUUGUGGAACGGUGCGUGGAUGAAAAAGAGCUGUUGUGUGAUCCGGUCGCUCCCAAGUCUUACGUUGCAUACGGCAACAGUCAACAAAAUUCCUCCUCACAAACAAAUUCCAGCUAUCCAACACCGCGACGCUUCUCCAUUGCCUCUGGCGUCAGUGUUCCUGUGACGCCAAUAGGCGAGAACAGCCCCAGAUCGUAUGCGCUGUUUCAGUCUGUUCUAAACGACAAUGUGCACUACGAAUGUCACGCCACGAAACGGCCUUUGCAGCAACGAUAUUUUCACAUGUUUGACGUGUUGCCGUUUGGAAUGGAAAGCCCAUCCUCGGUCUUUGGUGUGACAGGGCGACAUACAAGCCGAGGAUUGGUUGUUGGAGUUGCUUCAAGUGGAUUGUUUGUGGUACGUCCAUACUGUAGUGGUGCACCGCUGCAACUCAUUCAGUACGGCCCAGAUAGGCAGAGAGUCCGUAAAGAGGACGUUGAGUUGAUUGCCAAAGUGAGCAAUUCGCCAGUCGUAACCGAAGGCAUUGCAGCGUUCAUGGACAUUGCGAAACGUUGGAAAGAGGCGGUUAAAAAGGCAUUUCCCCUUGAUGGAGAAAAGGAUGCCUUCCGACAGGGUCAUGCAGAGGCAGGUGAGAGUAGCAGUAGUAAUGAAGAUGUUGUUAAUUUACUAGAGGGAAUGGAGUUGUGGUCUUUGAAGGACCUACAAUUGCCACCACAACUGGCCCUACAUGAUCCCAUUUCUCCUCUCUGUGUUGGUUCACGGGUAUUGGCUCGACGUUUCUGUUCGGAUGUUUCAUUGCAUAUCGCCCGUGUUCUUGCUGUAAAUUAUGAUGUCACAUACACCUUGGAGUAUGAAUCCGAUGGAGGUAUCGAUGAGCGUGUUUUACAUAAUGAUAUCCAUCUCCUGGAUGCGUCGGAUGCCGAGCAAUGUAGCGUUCGUGAUAAGGUGACUGUCGCACUUCACAAACAGUUACCAGCCGUCAUUAUCGUCUGUCUUGGUGAUGAAGAGUACCGUAUUAUUUUGGCUCAAAACCCUAAUCGAUCCCUUACCAUCACACGGCGACAGAUUGUAUUUAUUGCGCCCUUGUUAAAGGAGGCCCUUUACGCCGAUCCUCUUAUCCUGCAGUGGUUCAGGGAUCUUAACCCAUCGUGUUCCGGUGUUGUGCCGUGGAAAGAAGUUCGAUAUUUAAUUCUUAGUUGGGAAUCUUAUGGAAAAAAUCUGUCUUUUCAGAAGCUCGGUGAGGUACAGCGGGAUUUGUGUAUUCAUGUUGGCCGUAUGGAGCCACAACUGCUGCGCAAAGUACCCGUUCAGGAGGAAGAUUUACUUUUGAACUAUGCCGAGUUUGAAUAUGUAAUCCUGCGUGCGAGAAACCUGCUAUAA